CUUGAUUACGAUACCUUUUAUGUCGAUUCACAUACCACGACCUAUUAAAAAGAGCUAAUGAGUCGUAUAUUUAUAUUACACGUGAGUAAAGAUAGCUAAAAUCAUGGUUUUGUAUGGAACAACACAGAGCAAGGUCUUCUCAUCUUUAUUGACAACCAGGAAACGCAAACGUUCCGAAUAUCUGCAAUCUUCGUUCGACAGAUAUAAUAGCUGCAGCAUGUUGUGUCAACACAGGUGAUGUGCCGACAUCAUUCGGGACAAACAUCCAAGGCUGCUUUUAGGAUUCCUCAUUUGCCUAUUUGGCCCAGCAUUCAAGAAGUGCUCUUCUUAUCGGUGUUAUUUCAGUUAUUCUGAGAUCUUCGAGCUUUAGAACCAAAUCAAAAUCAUCUCCUAUUGAAUAUUAGGUUCAAUGUAUCAUUUUGAUGCCUUUUGGCGAGAUUUUAAAAGUCAAGAUUUAGCCUAACCUAGGUACUUUCAAGAACGUCAAAAUUUGUCUCUAAAUUUCGCAGUUUCUUUGAGCUUUUCAACGACUAAAAGCGGCAGUCCCAUAAAUUCACCCCUACUUUGUAUCUUACACUAAUAAUAUUUGUCUGGAUUUCACUUCCACUACAACCUUGCAGACAAAGUCAACGUUGAAAUUCCACAUAGAUGUCUCUCUCUACUGGCUGUGGGGCCCGAAAAAUACUACCUAGCUUUGGCCUGUCAAAAAUGCAUUUUCCGAAAAGCUGGCUUUGUGCGAUCACCCGAUACAUGUCAUGCAGCUUGGCUAAUAAAGAUUUCUAUCCAUUGCCAUGUUUACAUACACUAUCCCCAAUGGAUUUUUUAUGAAGACGGACAAGUCUGUUUACAGCCACAGUUCUUGUCCUGCCUUUUCAUUUACAAGUUUUCUUUCAGUGUCUUCUGAAAUACAUAUACAUUGACUUUCCCACUACAUCAGGAUACGUUCUAGGAAUUUUCUAGAAAACGUCUAGAAGCUCAGCCAAAAUGGUAUCGUCUUUUAGAACUCUCAUCAUUGUAGCAUGUCUGCUAAUGACUGAAGCUACACCCUUACUUAAGAAGAAGGGGCUGAGCUUCGAUUACAAUGGCAGUAAGGUUCGCGGCGUCAACCUAGGAGGAUGGUUCGUGCUGGAGCCCUGGAUUACUCCGUCGUUGUUCUAUGGAUCUUGGGUAGAUGAGUACACUCUGACUCAAACACUUGGGAAAUCUGCUUCACAAAAUCUAUUAAACGCACAUUGGGCAACUUGGAUUACGCAGAAUGAUUUCAAUGAGAUUGCAAGUGUAGGCUUGAAUCAUGUCCGUAUCCCAAUUGGAUAUUGGGCUUUGAAUCCAUUGCCUGGGGAUCCUUAUGUCCAGGGACAGUUGAUUUACUUGGACAAAGCUAUUGGCUGGGCGAGACAGGCAGGGUUGAAAGUGAUUCUAGAUGUUCACGGGGCGCCAGGAAGUCAAAAUGGGUUCGAUAACUCGGGACGGAAAGGACCUGUCACUUGGACUCAAGGAGAUUCUACCAAGCAAACAUUGGCUGCCAUCCAAACGCUGGCCUACCGCUAUGCUCCAGCCACAGACGUUGUGACUGGGAUCGAGCUUCUCAAUGAACCAGCGAACUGGGCUCUUGACAUGGGAGCAGUUAAGCAGUUUUACUAUGAUGGUUGGGGAAAUGUGAGAAACGCGAAUCCUGAUACCGCGGUUGUCAUUCAUGACGCUUUUCUUUCUCCGCCUUCAUGGAAUGGUUUCAUGAACUACCAAUCUGGAGUCAAUGAUAUUAUUCUCGAUACCCAUAUCUAUCAAAUCUUUUCCUUUGCAGAGGUCGCCAUGAAGCCUUGUCAACAUAUUCAGGUUGCUUGUAGUCAAGUCGGAAACUUGGCGAAUACAGACAAGUGGACAAUUGUUGGCGAAUUCAGUGGAGCACAAACAGACUGUGCAAAAUGGUUGAAUGGCUUUGGUGUCGGUUCUCGAUACGAUGGAUCAUAUCCCGGAAGUCCUGCAUGGUAUGGAUCUUGCCAGUCGAAAGAUGUUGGGACAGUUGACGGGCUACUUGAAGUCGACAAAGUGAAUCUGGCAUAUUUCAUGGAAGCACAACUUGAUGCAUAUGAAGCUCACUCAGGCUGGGUUUUCUGGACAUGGAAGACCGAAUCUGCUCCCGAGUGGCACUUCCAAAACCUGACAAGAGCGGGAUUGAUCCCACAGCCUUUGACGAGUAGAAAAUAUGGGAAGCAAUGCGCAACUUCAGCCUGUUUGAUUCCAGGCAAUUGAAGAUUUUCUACACUGCUUCACAAGAAAACAUGAAAUUUCUUUUGGGGGUGGUUCAAGAGAGCGGAUACGGGGCCCAAUGACGUUCAUACAUGCAAUUAUUUGGAGGAUGGUAUUUUGGCGAAAUUUACGAUGCAAUAACGAUACCCCUUCAUUCGCUCGGGGAGUUACGGGCAAGAUAGAUUCUAGUUAUCGGGGAGAAGCGAAGAUCUAGUGCAAGAGGUGCCAAGAGAGGGGUAAUUUAUUGGUGUAACACCUGAUGAUAGCCCUGAGCGUCCUUUUCCUGGUUGUUGAGAAUAGCACGUGAGGCACGAGAUAGAUGAGAGAAAUAAUCAAUAGAAAAAUGAUAAGAUGGAUUGCU